CUACCCUUCCUCCCAUCUCUCCUAUGGCCAGAAUACCUAUCACCAAAGCUUGCACCUGAAGAGCCUUGCGGGCAGGAAUUACAGGAUUGCAAGGAACUAGAAGAACUGGACUUUUUUGACUUCAACCUAGAUGGAAAUGUACUUCUUGAACCCAAUUUUCCAGAAGACUUCGAAGAGCUAAGCUACGUAAUGGGAAAUCCCGCAGAGCAGCUACUCAGAGACCACACACUGCCUCUCUAUGAUCAGAAUCCUUAUCCAGGAGAGAGCGCUGAGAGCUCCAACCAGGAAGAACCUCUCAACCCCAGAGGCUAUGCACAAAACAGUGCCCCAAAGAAACUACACCAAUGUAUUCAGUGUGGGAAAGAUUUUCUUUCCAAAAAGGUCUUUAAGGGGCACCUGAAAAUUCAUUCAGGAAAGCUCCCUCAUGGGUGCCCUGAGUGUGGGAAAAGAUUCCUUCGUAGGUCAAACUUGCAAAGGCAUCUUCGAGUUCACACAAGGGAGGCACCCUAUAAAUGCAGCGUGUGUGAGAAGCAAUUCACUCAGUUGUCACACCUCACAGAACACCAGAAAACCUCUUCUAGUCAAGGAGUGUCCACUUGCCCCGAGUGUAAGUUGCGAUUUUGUAAUAGAAAACAAUUUAUGCAACACCUAAAAAUCCACACAGGUGGAAGACCCCACAAAUGCCAGAGUUGUGAAAAAACAUUUCGACGCCAAAGAGACCUUAAUUUGCACUAUGCAUCACACACUGCAGAGAGACCAUUUACGUGUGAGUAUUGUGGGAAAAGCUAUAGGCAGAGAUCCAGC